AACCUGUCAUUUGCGUGUCGACAAAACGUGUAAAGUAUUUUCGGUUUAUUCGUACAUGUAUCAGUGAUUAUACCAUCACGAAAUGGACACGCCUUCGGGUUUUCGACAGCCUGCAGGCAAAAGAAAGGGGGGCAACAAAGGGACGAGAAGCCCUCAUGGGGGUGCACGACCACAGCUGUUUGAGGACACAAGCACCCCCCAGGCCUAUCCAGGAUAUGGAUACCCUCCAAAUCCAGGAAUGGAUCAGAGUGGUUUCAUGCCUCCACCAGCUGGGUACCCAGGACAACAAGUACUUAAUGACCCCAUGGCAAAUAUGGCAGUCCAGUACGGCCAAACUCUGGCUGGUCAAGGCAAAGAGUAUAUGAAAGAAAACCUUGAAAAAUAUGUUUCCUCUUCAAAGUUAAAAUAUUAUUUUGCUGUGGACACAACAUAUGUUGGGAAGAAAUUAGGGUUGAUAGCAUUUCCAUUCACACAUUCGGAUUGGUCAAUACGCUAUAACCAGGAUGAGCCGGUUGCCCCUAGAUACGAGGUCAAUGCCCCUGACCUCUAUAUACCUGUCAUGGCUUUCGUCACAUAUAUUUUGGUAGCGGGAAUAGUUCUGGGAACACAAAACAAAUUCACACCUGAACAACUGGGUAUCCAGGCAAGUUCUGCCCUGGUGUGGAUCAUCAUUGAAGUGUUAGCCUUGAUGCUGUCUUUGUACGUCAUGAAUGUCUCCUCACAACUCAAGUACCUGGAUAUCUUAGCCUACUCUGGCUACAAGUAUGUUGGGAUGAUAGCCUGCUUGUUAGCUGGCCUGGUCUUCAAGGCAUCGGGUUACUAUGCCAUCUUGCUCUAUUUCAGUAUUUCUACGGCUUUCUUCUUGGUGCGUACAUUGCGUGUACAGGUUCUUCCGCACACAGACACCGAUGGGUUUACCCGUGGCAGUAAGCGCAGUCUCUAUCUCAUCUUGACUAUGUCCCUAGUCCAGCCAAUCUUCAUGUGGUGGCUCACCAGUCAUAUCAUGUUCGCACGAUGACCACACCCUGCAAGGAGAAGCUGCAGGUAGCAGUAUGGUGGACAGUUCCCCCCCACCCCCCAACCAACCACAGUCUACAGUCCUGACUUCACCGCUGCUGGAGUGGGGUUGAAAUGGGGAUUGUGCAUGACCUGUGACAGUGAUUAUGUUCCUGCAUGUGUGAAUGCAAGCAGUUUGUGCUGAGAUUUUCAGCAUUACCUGUAUAAUUCUGGAGUAUAAUGUUUGCCACUUCUUACAGUUUAGAACAAGAUUGAUUAUGUAUGCUAGCUGCAUGGGAUUUAUAGGAGCUCAUACAAUCUGCAACUGAUGAAGUAAACUCCAUUUGUAAUCAUGUUGUUCUAGAAUAUAUCUUCAUCUGUCUGGAUUUGAAGUCUUUGGCUUCUAGAAGCUUUUGAAAGCGUGUUGAUGCCAAGGUGGAAGAGAUGGUCAACUUUCUUUUAACUGUGGAAGCUGCAAAUUGAGUCAGCCUGUGGAUAGCUCCCUUACAGGUUCACAAUCGUAAUUACCUAGCAAGUGUUUUGUUAAACCUUGCAAUAUAAAAUCCAGUAAAAUUUUCUAUAGAUAUUAAAAUGCAUUUGUCUUGAAGAUAAAUAUUUUUCUCUUAGCAUAUUUCUAAAUUAGUUUAGUGAGAGAUAAUGUAAAGUCUGAAAGAAAAAUGUGCUGUUAAUCAGUGUAAAAAAAUAUGUUUGUACCUUAUGGGUACAAUGUGGAAAGGGGUACAUUUAUGCUAUGUUAAGUUUGUAUGUGUGUAUGCUUGCUCUAAAUAUAUUGUUGUCAUAUGAGUAUGUAUGUAUGUCUCUUCCCAACUUUGUCCCUUUUCAUUGAUAUAUUUAUCAA